CAUACUGAAAUCUGCACAGCAGGCUUGGAGUGCACAGAAAUAUCACCCAGGCAAGGAAAUCCACAAGUUUCGACUGCUGUCCUCAGUGCAGAUCCGAGCAGUGGGCAAAUCAGACCAAGAGCUUGAAACCUGAAUCUACAGUAAAUCCAACUCCCCCUCCUGCCACCAGCCCGGAGCACUGACAGAGAGAGUGAGCUCAAUCUCAAGCCUGCUGCCACAGAUGGACUCCACAGAGAUUCCCAUCCAGACAGAGAUGGUGGAGCUGGUGCCCAAUGGGAAACACAGUGCAGCUAUGAAUGCCUCAGCCAUCCCCUCUGACAGGUUUGAUGAGAACCAGCCCACCGUGGCAGAGAUGGAGGAGUUCCUGCCUCAUGGCCCCGACAAGAAGCAAACCCACUUCACAGAUUUCGAAGGGAAGACCUCCUUUGGGAUGUCGGUGUUUAACCUCAGCAAUGCCAUUAUGGGCAGCGGGAUCCUGGGGCUGGCCUACGCCAUGGCCAACACUGGCAUCAUCCUCUUCCUCUUCCUCCUGACUGCAGUGGCCUUGCUCUCCAGCUAUUCCAUCCACCUGCUGCUGAAGUCCUCAGGCAUUGUGGGGAUCCGAGCCUAUGAGCAGCUAGGCUAUCGCGCCUUCGGGACACCGGGGAAGCUGGCAGCUGCCAUGGCAAUAACACUACAGAACAUUGGAGCCAUGUCAAGCUACUUGUACAUUGUGAAAUCUGAAGUGCCUCUGGUGAUCCAGACCUUCCUCAACCUGGAGGAGAAGACUACGGACUGGUACAUGAACGGGAACUACCUGGUGAUCCUUGUCUCUGUCACCAUCAUUCUGCCUCUGGCCCUCAUGAAGCAACUCGGCUAUCUGGGUUAUGCCAGUGGAUUCUCUCUCAGCUGCAUGGUCUUCUUCCUCAUUUCGGUCAUCUACAAGAGAUUCCAGAUCCCCUGUCCGCUCCCUGAGAAGGACAUCAAUGGCACCAGCAACUUCAGCUACACACUGGUCAGCACCAGUGACUACCAGAAUGGCUACACACCCCUCCAGCAUGUCGAUGAAGGCACCUGCUCCCCCCGGUUCUUCACACUCAACUCCCAGACGGCCUACACCAUCCCCAUCAUGGCGUUUGCCUUCGUGUGCCACCCUGAGGUGCUGCCCAUCUACACAGAGCUAAUAAACCCCUCAAAGAAAAAGAUGCAGUGCAUCUCCAACAUCUCCAUCACCGUCAUGUACCUCAUGUACUUCCUGGCUGCCCUCUUUGGCUACCUCACUUUCUAUGGCCAUGUGGAGUCAGAGCUGCUGCACACCUACAACAGUGUAGACCCUUUCGACAUCCUGAUCCUGUGUGUGCGUGUGGCUGUGCUGACUGCUGUGACGCUGACCGUGCCCAUUGUGCUCUUCCCGGUGCGGCGUGCCAUCCAGCAAAUGCUUUUCCAAGGCAAGGACUUCAGCUGGAUCCGCCACAUUGUGAUCGCCAUUGUCCUGCUCACCUCCAUCAACCUGCUAGUCAUUUUUGCCCCCUCCAUCCUAGGCAUCUUUGGCAUGAUCGGUGCAACAUCGGCCCCCUGCCUGAUCUUCAUCUUCCCUGCUAUCUUCUACAUCCGCAUCAUGCCCAAGGACAAGGAGCCCAUGAAGUCCACCCCCAAGAUCCUGGCAGCCUGCUUUGCGUGCCUUGGCGUACUUUUCAUGAUCAUGAGCCUCAGCUUCAUCAUCAUUGACUGGGCAACAGGAGGUGGCAAGAGCGGCGGCAGUCACUAACCAGCCCUAGAGCCUAUGCCAGCUUUGCACCAUGGAUCAGCGCCCUGGGAGAAGCAGCUGGCUUUGAUAUACUUCCCUUCCCCUGCCCCACUGCUAGUACUGUACGGUGUCCCAGCCCAUAUGCCAACGCUGAGCCAUGCUGCCAGCCAGGGAUGCACUUGGGGCCCUCUGUCUUUAUUGUAAUUUCCUGAUUGCAGGAUCAUUCAGUCCAGUCGUAUCCAGUGACCCUCACACGGGGGAUCAAAGCAAUCCCAUGAAAGUGGGGACAGCCAUGCUGGGUGUGUCUGGGCCUCCAGAGACAAUGCCCUUUGUGUGUAAGACGAGUGCCAAGGGAGUGGAAAAUCAGAAGCCAGAGGGAGGAGAGGAUGCAGGGUCUAGUGGCUACAGCCUUUGACCAGCUCGGUGACCUUGGGCAAGUCUCCACAACUCUCCAUGCCUCAGUUUCCCCAUCUGUAAAAUGGGGAUAAUAAUACUUCCCUACCUCACCAGGAGCUGGCUGUGAGACUAACCUCAUCCAAGUUUUUAUGUGGAGUGUCUGGUGAUUUUGGACACCUAGGAGGGCAAAGUGUUAUUAUAGAUUGGCUGCAAACAGGAACCGAAGGCUGCUGAGCAGGAAGGGACACAUGAAGCAGACAGAGAGUACUUCCUGUCAGCAAGCACCUCCUAGGCAAAAAGAAAUGAAAAGGGGUGGGGCCUGAAUUUGCAGCAGUGUCACUUCCUGCUUCUCAUUUUUCUUUUCCUGAGCUUUCUUGUCCCUUCCACAGGGAUACAGAGCCAUAUAAAGACAUUCAGAGCCUGAUGAUCAAUGUCACCUUUAAGGGCAGAGGGAGGGGCAACCUCAUGCUCUGAGUGAUGUCCAGCUGGUCUGACUCACUUGUGAUCGCCAUGCUGCUGCAUUUGACCUGGUCAUGCAUUUCUUUGCUGAUGCCCACAGCCAUGACUUCAUAAGCAUGUGUCCAUGCUGAGAGGAGGAUUGCUGAGUGGAGGGCAAGGGGUUACACUAAUGGGAAAGGAGGCAGAGUGCUAAGGUUCAAGAAGGGAAGAUCAGGUGAUGAGUCCCAGUUGCCUCUGUCCUCUUUCCAGAUUAGCUGGAUGCCAAGUUUGGACUUUGGAGCAGACUUGUGGGGUGGGGACAUCCCCAUGAGAACAGGUCACACACUGCAUGCUCUGCAGUGCUCAGCACUGCCCUAGGCUGGCCAGUUUGAGGGAAGCAGGAGCUGCAACUCCAGACCUUUCCUGUCUGCCCCUUUCUUCUCUUCCUGGUCCAACCUCAAGCUUGGUCUGGAGAAGGGAUAGGAGGGAGAGGCCCUGUCAGUAGCACUAACAAGGUGUCUCCACUGUCUUCCAGGGAUAGGAAUGAGAAGAGCUCCCUUGAGGUCCUGUAGUGUCAGUGUCCCAAAUACCUUUUCUUAUCCUGGCAUGCCUGGGCAGAGGCCUAUCCCAGUCCAGAUCUCAGCCCCAGGUGCUUAUCCCAGCCAGGAGCCAUGGUCCUUCCCAUCUAUCCACAAUGGGAGCUCUCUCCUUUCCCUCCAGCACCAAGAGACAUGUUACCAUCACUUCCCCCUUCUCACCAGGGUUCCCUCACUUGGUAAAAGGGUGCCAUGCCCCACUGGAAGUUGGCAGUGAAUGCUGGGAAGUGUAGUCCCACCACUGAGUCCAUAUGGAAAUCUAAACAGUGACUAAACUUGAUUUACUGCUAAUCUAAAUAACUUAGUAGAAUCUAUGUUAAUUUAUUUUCUCUAUGUCUAUAUAUGUGUGUGUGUGUGUGUGUUACUAUUAUUGUAUUAUUGACUUUACAGCUAGUGCCUAGGCUAAAAGGAGUCCUUUAAUACCACAGUGACCAGAGGAUGUGUGGAGAGCUUCCAAUGGCAUGAAACUCACUUGGCUGUCACCUUGAAUUUGGGAUGAAUACAUAUGGCCCUUAGCAACCCCUUUUGCAUAAAGUCAGUAGGAUCUGUUUACUUAGACCUAUCCUUGAUUAGUCGUAUUUAAUAGAUCUUCUUCAGCUCUCAAGUGGAAGGCAUCCCACUAGGAAUUAUAUCUGGAUGCAAGGUCAGUCCAAGUUCAAGAUGCCUGCUGAGGCUUCCUGCAACAAGCACUUCCUUCUGUAAGUAGCCUGUAUCUGGUUGACUGAGGAGACGGGAAAACAGAACCAUACAACUCCUUAGGCUGUUUUUGGACAUGUGGGAAAUAUGGGGCUUUCACACCACACCACACCCCACAUCUGGAAACAGCCCUGGGCACUAGCAAAGGUUUAACUGCAAUAGUAUUGGGGUAACAUAGUAUUGGGGUAACCAUGUUAAUAGCUUUUAUUUAUGCAGAAAAAGAUCAUAUUGUUUUAGCUUUUAGUAUGCAGAAAACUGUGUAGUUGAAACAGGCCAUGCUAGUAAUAAUCAUUGUUGGGCUAAACUUGAGAGCAAGCUGGCAAAAAGGUGUAAACUAUUUUUAGCAAGAAAUGCAAUGAAGAGGAAUAGAAUAAAAGAAAAUUAGGGUUGGAAGGGGCCUCAGAAGGUCAUCUAGCCCAACCCCCUGCUCAAAGCAGGACCACCCCAACUAGAUCAUCCCAGCGAAGACUUUGUCUAGCUGGGUAUUAAAAACCUCCAAGAAUGGAGAUUCCACAACAUCUCUGGGGAACCUGUUCCAUGCUUUACUACCCUCCUCAUGAUUUUUUUUCCCCUAAUAUCUAACCUGAACUUCUCUUGCUGCAACUUGAGACCAUUGCUCCUUGUUCUGUCAUCUGUCACCGCUGGGAGCAGUCUAGCUCCAUCCUCUUUGGAACCACCCCUCAGGUAGUUGAAGGUUGCUAUUAAAUGCACUCUCAGACUUCUCUUCUCCAGACUAAAUAAGCCCAGUUCCCUCAGCCUUUCCGCAUACAUUAUGUGUCCCAACCUCCUAACCAUUUUCAUUUCCUUUCACUGGACUCUUUCCAGUUUGCCCACAUCCUUUCUGUAGUGGAGGGCCCAAAAUUGGACACGGGACUCCAGAUGCGGCUUCACCAGCGCUGAAUAGAGGGGAAGAAUCACUUCCCUCAAUCUGCUGUCAAUGCUCCUACUAAUGCAGCCCAGCAUGCCAUUAGCCUUUUUCACAACAAUGCCACACUAUUGGCUCAUAUUCAGCUUAUUGCCCACUGUGACCCACAGGUCCUUUUCUGCAACUGCUGCUUAAUCAGUUGGUUCCCAACCUGUAUCGGUGAAUGGAAUCAUUCCAUACUAAGUGCAGAACUUUGCAUUUACUUAUUGAACCUCAUGAGAUUUCUUUUGGUCCAAUCCUCCAAUUUGUUGAGGUCUCUCUGAAUCCUAGCCCUACUCUCCAGUGUAUCUACUACUCCUCCCAGCUUGGUGUCAUCUUCAAACUUGCUGAGGGUGCACUCCAUCCUGUCUUCUAGGUCAGUGCUUCUCAAAGUGGUGGUCCGUGGACCGGUGCCAGUCCACGAGCCACCGGUUGCCGGUCUGCAGCAAGUUACCAGGAAAGAAAAAUAUAUUCGCUGGUCCGCAGCGAGUUGCCAGGAAAGAAAGAAAUAUAUUUUCAGAAGCAUAACAUUGACAUGUCAUAGCGCCACAGUUCGUACGUUCCAACACUCCAGGUGAUGUCACGUCGUGCGAGGUGAGGAAACAGAAAGAAACAGCUGGUCGUACAUUUGUGUAGUGCUGUUACACGCAGUUGCUGCCACCGGCUAAACCAGGCACCAGUCCCUGGCCCACUGGAAAAAAAAAUGCCGGUCCACCACAUCAGAUAGUUUGAGAAGCACUGUUCUAGGACAUUGAUGAAAACUUUGUACAAAACUGGUCCCAGGACCGACUCCUGAGGCACUCCACUUGAUACCACCUGCCAACUAGACAUUGAGACAUUGAUUACUACCCUUUGAGCCCAAUGAUCCAGUCAGUUUUCUGUCUACCUUACAGUGUAUUGAUUUAACCGUACUUCCUUAGUUUAGGUAUGUAUCCAUCUAAUUGUGUUCAACCAGCAGUGUCUAUUGAUUCAAAUCUUGCCCCCGGCAUUGAGAUGGGGCUAUACCAGUGGUUGCCCUUUUUUGUGGGGUAAGGCUCUCCAACAGGAAUUGCUGGUUGAAGUCAAUUAAGUCAGGAUCUAGGGGCAGGGGCCCUGGACAUGUAGGAGUCAGUCUUACAGAAGUUUGACAUCAAUGAACUCAGAAGCUGUGUGCCUCUGUUAGCUGGUGGGGGACUCCAGCAUUCAGAUCUUCUUAAGCUGAUUACAGAACUUGUGUGGUCCCAGACAGGUUUCCUCGCACUGGGGUUCAGCAAGGUAGAUUUCUGAAGAUGUUAUGAACUCCCCCAGUCACCCUGUGGUUCACGCGCCUUUCUGGAAGCAGAUGGUCUAAUGAAGUGGUGCUAACUGUACAACCUGCAGGCUGAGCUGGCCUACAGAGCUUUGAUAUCUAACCCACAGAACUGUGUCAUCUUGUCUGUGGAGCUCCCCACAGGCCCAGAAAUAUGGCAGGGGGAGCAGUGGUAGCAUUAAUUGCUCCCCAAACCUUGGCCAUUAACACUGCCACCAUCCCCCCGCAACCAAAUUUCUGGACCUGUGAAGAGUCCCAAGAGCCAGAUGACAUGGCUCCAUGUACUAGGUCACGUCAGUGCACAGGGUCAGCUCAUGGCCAGAGCCAGCAUAUAGAGUUGGGUUGGUUCGUGGGUUCAAGGCAUGGUUGGACCUGAUGUGUGGUGUUGGGCCAACAUGCAGAAUUGUUCUGCAGUCAGCUCCAAUGCACCAGGCUGCAUCUGCAAACCAACCCCAUGCAUGGAUCUGAUGCUCUGGAUAACAUCCAUGUGCCAACCCUAUGCUGGACCCAGGCCAUGGACUGACCCUGCAUGUGGGACUGAACCAGUUGUAUACUACUCAUACAGCUGUAAGGCCAGGUAGGUUGAGCACAGAUCCAGUGCAAUAUCUGGCUGGCAGCGCUCUCGCAAUCCCCACAGAUUCCCCCAGGAGGUGGGUGGUGCAUGCUGGGCCUCUCCUGGCCAACCCUGGCUAAUUGGCUCUCCCAGCUCUUCCAUGUAUGUUGCUGAAGCUUGUUUUAAGAGCCAGGGUGAAUUGGAUAUGUUCUAGAGCAGUGAGGGCCAACCUUUUGGGCAGCCAUGCCACAAAUUAAGGCACAUACCCUCGCCAAGUGCCACUGAUCCUUUUCCCUGCCUGAUCUGCUGCUUUGCUUUUUGAUCCCUGCCUUGUUCUCCCUGUUUGAUCUGAUGCUUUGCUUUCUACUUCCAGCCUUAUCUGCCCCAUGCUCCCUGCCCCCUCCCUGAUCUGCCACGUGCCACAGACAGAGGUUGCUCAUACUACUUGUGACACCUGCGCCGCAGGUUGACCACCCCCAUUCUAGAUGGAUAUACCUUUCAGUAGACAGGCAGUGGCCUGUAUUGGAGAGUGUGGGGUUUAUUUUUUGAAUGCCCUAUGGGACAGGCUGUGGCAUCACUCUGUGGCUCCCAUGAAUGUCAGGGCUCAGCAUGGCCAUUGCUUUCUAUCCUGCUUGAAUACAUUUAAGGAAGUUACAGUCAAAGAUAAAAGUAGGUCUCUUCCUAUUAAUGCCCUCCUUUUCAGACUUGGUGGCAGGCGUUCUGUGACUGAUCAGGACUCCCUCUUGGGUGUGGUCAGAUGGAGUAGGACACAGUGAGAGUGAUGGAUGAGAAACAGAGGGGAUAGGGUGGAUAUGUACACAAGGAGUAGGGACAUGGAUCACACUGUAUGAAAUGAUGGUAACUUCCAUGGUAGUGCCCCUGAUGACCAUGGGAAAACACCUCUUAGUGCCAGCAACAGAGGAAUUCCCAUGUAGAGAAGUGACAUGAAGUGCUGCUUUGCUUUGACCUCCCAGUUGGGCAAACCAUGGGCAAUAGGAGAAUAUGGAGUUUGUUUCUCUUACUGAGAAACUCCAGUGCCUCAGUGUAAGACUUGAGUGGGUCCUAGGCACCGAAGUGCUUGUAAGGAAUAAUAGUGCCCUGUGAAUCUUUGUGCCCAGCACUGUUAAUUGUUGCCACCAGCAAUGUCUCAGGAGUAGCUGGGUAAUGCCCAAUCCUCCACCCAAAGUGACUUCUCCACUCAGUUCCCCAACAAGCUAGGGAACAAAAGGGUGUUAACAACAGUCCAAGAAAUUCGGGCAUCCCACGCAAGCUGGGAGCGGGGGGCUCUGAGCAGGCAGAGGCCAGUACAUGAUGCUAAGUGACUCUGGACUGAGCCUGUCAGUGUGUUAGAUGGUAGGGGCAUAAUAUCCUAGUGAGAGAGGAGCCAGAUGGGAGAGGUAAGGAAAGACCAUGCUCUUGCCUUUUGCCUUCCCACUUGUCUCCUGGUUAGCUGCAGGGUCAAGAACAAACAAGCUAAAUGUACUCCUGAGAUUUGCAUACUGGACCAUACAUUUAGGAAGGUAUCCAUUGAUUUCAGUGGCACAGGAGCAGGCCUGAUGGCACUGUUUUUCCCACCAGCACAUGCAUACACAGGUGAGCACAGAGUUCUUGCCUACUGACAGGGAUUCAGCAGGGUCCCUAGUGUUCUGUCUACCCCUUGCCCUGGAAUAAGACUGCCUGGCUCCCAACCAUAUCCUUACAUUUGAAAACACAUCUCCACCUCUUGGCUUACACAGUCCAUCUGUCCAUCCCAUCCCCACAAAGCCUCCCAGUUCCAUGUGAUCAGGAAUCUUCAGGUUGUGCCAAAAGCCAGAUGUUAACUUUUUUUUUUUUUGCUGUGUUGGGCACCUUCUGAAUUUAAAAGGAGAGGAGAACUGGGGAGGGGGGUGGCACAGGAAACAAAAUGUGAGUGGAUAUUUUUAUGGCACUGUGAUUAAUGAAAUAAAUACAAGAUUUCUUGGGUUAAUACAUGCAAAUUAAGUAAAUAAGAGACGUAUUUUUUUAUCCAGAGUGGUGCAGGCUGGAAAGCUUUUUAUAAAUACUGUAUAUAAGAGUAGAUUUUUUUAUGUAUUCUGUGUUGCUCCUGGUAGCUCUGUAUAGUGUAUAUAUAUAUUUCACACUGUUGAUGGAGAGGGACCACUCUGCAAAAUGACCUGCCUGUGCUAAAGAGAAUAUAUGACUAGAAAGGGAAGUCAGGCCUUUCUGUGGCCCAGUGGCUGCUGUAACAAGGGUUGGUAGACACAGGUGGGAUGGUUCAGGUAGGACAGGCAUCUAUUUAGAAUGGUUUAGGAACUGUGAAUCCUGCAUCUAUGCAGGGAUUUGAACUGGAUGAACUUUGAGGUCCCUUCCAGUCCCAAAAUUCGAUUAUUCUAUUCAUGGGUAUAAUUUUUGCUUAGGCUGUUAAAAACCAGCAGCAUCAGCAUUGUAAUCCAUGUUCUAGCUAACCACUGCAAUAGGCUGUGGCUCAGGCCCCUACCUAAGAACAGGGGAGUUCAGGAGUCCAAGAAAAGAUGGUAGCAAAUUGAAAGGGUAUCUUUUUAGGUAGCUUUAAGUAAUCUCUGUGGGGACCCAGGCAUGUGAGGGACUGAGUACUUGGACAAGGACCUUAGUAGCUAAGCUCAGGUCCCCCUGAUUUUCCCAGCUCAGUUCAGUGGGGGUUUGCAGUGUGAUGUGAAUGCUUGUCUCUACCUGUUUGCUUCCCCAGUGGAUGGCAGGUCAGGUAUGGUGGUACCUCUCCAUCUCCAGUAGAACCCGCUGUCUGUGAGGCAGCUCAGCAGGACAGGUGGCAGGUGGCAGGAUUGGAGGAUUUUGCUUUCCCUCUACAUUUGGGACUCUCCUGCCUUCUGCCAGGCUGAACCGUUUGUGAUAUCUCUGUCCCCAAGUCUCUGUUGCCUUCAAUGUUUGAUGUGAAGGAUGAGAUAAGAGGGCAGGGCUGUGUUUCUGUGACAUGUGGUAGGGCUAGGGGUCGGUUUUAAAUUAUAUGUUGAAAUUAGAUCUAUAUUUGGAAAAGAAAGAAAAAAACCUUUUUAAACAACAAUAAAGAAAACAUGAAACUUC